CCGUCGUCUCGCAAUCUUCGAACUUGGAAUAGAGCAUACUGAGUGCUGAGCUGAGGCCCCCGCAAUCAACAUUCGGUAAUUCGAAAGAAGCUAGCACUUGGACCUCUCUAUCACACUUCACCUAGCAGGGUACCCAAAUAUCUCAAGUUCACAAUGACAGAUACGAUUCGCCCUGAUAGUAUCGCGGAUUUCAAUGCAGUUGGCCGCACGACAGGAACAAAAGCGGACCUGGCGGGCAUGGAAUUCUUGAUCCACUGCCCCCCCGACCUCCCUCCAAGAAGCCGGAUCGUUUCGCUUUGUGGAAUUACGGACUGGGGCGAUGGUGCCAGCCCCCAAAAAGAUGGGUGGUUCAUAUCGGACUUUUACCUCUUUCACCAUCUCCUACGCCCUCGUGGUAAAUUCGUCUCUUUCCUUGGUGAUUGCUCUCUUUUACAUAUGAAACUUAGCUGACUAAAAGCUCCCCAGAUCCUCUAUCAACUAACCAGAUCUGGUUGACCUCAGAGAGCCCCGACGAUUUGGUCCGAAAAUAUACAGAAUAUGCACACGGGGAUCCCCACGGGGAGAGACGAGUCGUCUUAGAGAC